AUGUUGGGUACACUGCUCCUGCUACUGGCCCUCCUCCACUGGACCACCAGCCUGCCUGGUGGGCCACCAGUGCGCCUUCCCUCCUCUGUACCACCUUCUCCUGCGUCAGCACCCCCAUUUCCCGUGGCGCCUGGACCCUGGCUGCGCCGGCCCCUCUUCAAUCUAGAACUGUCAGACGCGGAGGAUGCCUUCCCACGUCGCGCAGGGCCGCUCGAGGUUCCAGCGGACAGCCGAGUGUUCGUGCAGGCGGCCCUAGCCCGUCCCUCUCGGCGCUGGGGUCUGGUCCUGCAUCGCUGCUCCGUGACACCGUCCUCACGCCCGGCCCCUGGCCCUGCGCUGGCAUUGCUGCGCGGGGGCUGUCCCGCCGACGCCUCGGUUCUCUUCCCGCCGUCACCGCCAUCCCUCGGUGUCGCACUCCCUGUGCGCUUCAGUUUCCGCCUGCGCCCGGUCUUCAACGCCUCUGUGCAGUUCCUCCACUGCCAGCUAAGCCGCUGCCGCCGGACUGCCUCUCUGACACAACCGCCACCAACGUCGGGCCCAAAUGUCCCCCCUCUUCCCUCCCGCACCCACAAGUGUCUCCCUCGGGAUGAGGCAUGCGCAGGCAGUGGCAGCCGCGAGAGCCUGGGCACCGACAGCCCUCACCUGCACACGCUGACGCAGCCCAUCAUGGUCACAGUGCCGCGGCUGCCCCCACGGCCUCCAAAGGGCGUCCUGGGCAGGGCCUUGCACCCCGAGCCAGCCGCACAGACCUCCGCUGCCUUGGAGCCCGCGCCGGUGGUGGCGCUGGUGGUGGCUGCCUUCGUAUUGGGCGCAGCGUUGGCCGCCGGGCUCGGCCUGGUUUGUGCACACUCAGCGCCCCCACUCCCUGGCCCGCCACCCGUGCCCAGCGGCUCCCAGCCCAAGAGAUCCCAGUGA